UGCUAUUUUAAAACUCGAGAUGAACUCAAAGACACGACUCGUACACCUGCUGAGGCAGAGCUUGGUGACGGCUGGCGUCUCCCUCAGCAUGGCGGAGCACAGCAUGGUGCUCGGUUUCACCGCCAUACUACUGCCGCAGUUACGACAAGACCCGAGCAUGAAAACAAAUAUCUACAUUGAAUCAUGGAUAGCAUCAAUCAACGCAUUAUCAUUUUUCCCCGGUGUGAUGAUGUGCCCUUUCAUAAUGAGAAGGUAUGGCAGAAGAAAAGCAAACUUAGUCAGUGCCGUGUUCAUGAUAAUCGGUUGGACCUGCAUUUCCUUAGCUUCCGAUGUCAAUGUUAUACUAAUAUCAAAGAUCCUCCAGGGUGCAGCUGUUGGCCUCUCAAGUAUGUCAGCGACGAUAUUAAUUGGAGAAUAUACAUCACCAAAGUACAGAGGGUCUUUCUUGUCAAUAAUGAUGUUUUCCAUCCUACUUGGAAGUUUAAUGGUUCACAUGAUUGGAUCAUUUCUUGUUUGGAACCGAACAGCUCUAUUUUGCCUAGCGGUAGCAAUUUUAGAUGCAACAAUCGUGAGUUUAUCACCAGAGACCCCUGUGUUUUUAGCCAAGCAUGGUAGAUAUGAUGAGUGUAGGAAGGUGUUCCGCUGGCUGCAUGGUCCCGAUGAAGAAGACGAAUUGAAUGCAAUGAUAAAAGCUGCUGUGUCGAAGAAAGCAAAGUCUGAUGCUAACAAUGAAAAUGGAAAUGAGAAAAACAAAGGGUUAUUGUACGUAAUAGAUUAUUUUAAGAGAUCAGACUUUUACAAACCACUUAUAUUAAUGUUACACUUAGAUGUAAUAGAAUUAUGGUGCGGAUACACGACAAUAGAAACGUACGCCAUUGAUAUACUGCACAAGAUAUUGGGCCAUGACAUUAAUGUGUCUAAGAACGUGAUUGUUUUGGAUACUUUGAAAAUUCUAUCAAGUGUAUGUGCCAUCCAUAUACAUACGAAACUAAAGAGAUGUGCUGCUCUUAAAUUGUUCGUUGGAAUGAAUAUAUUGACUUAUGCAUCAAUAGCAGGGUAUUCGUACCUUAGGGAGGAACAUAUUUUUGAAAACAUCGUAGUCGGUUCGACGCUAACAUACCUGUUUGUAUUUUCCUUCUGUGCGGGAACAAUGCCUUUAAUGUGCACCAUAUCUAGCGAGAUAUUUCCUUUAGAAUACAAAGAAAUAUCCACCAUGAUAACAACUCUAUUUGCAUCACUCAAUAUCACGUUAAAAAUGCAAACGUUUCCUUACUUGGUCAAUGUUAUUGGAAUACACGGUGCUUUUUCAAUUUACGCAUUAAUACUGACUUAUGCGUUGAUAGUUGCAUCGAUUAUGCUACCAGAGACUAAAGAUAAAACCCUUCAAAAUAUAGAAGAAGAAUAUUGGACAAAGCCUUAUGAAAUGACGGUUGUAUCACAAAAUGAUGAAUUGACACCAAUGCAAGUCACCGAAUUAAGUCAAGCACCAGCUUAAAAAGUUGCUGCAAGUAGAUCAACUAGUAAAGUUCUGCACUGCACCAUCACAGCGCCACCUAGUCCCAAACUAAGCAAUACUUGUACUUCGGGUACUAGCCUAUU